AUGAGAGAAAGCGGAGUGGAUUCUCCUUGUCCCAUAACUGCCUAUAGAAGGAAUGAAGUUAGCAGUGCCUGCACACAAACAGUAAACACAAAGUAUACAAAAAUGCUGACAGACAAUAAACACAGAAGCAGACAAAAUGAUCCAAAGCAAACUAGACAAUUAGGACAAAAGACAAUCAAGACAAUCACUCACCCUUCCACCUGCCUUCUUUCCCAGUGUGUCCACUGGUAUAAUUUCAACUUGCCGGGGGUCUCUCGACCCACCAAGCUGGGGUUCCAACCCCACCAGGUACCUGUCCGGGGACCUCCAACACCCUGGUCCGGGGCCUCCAACACCGGAAAGUUCCUUUUCAAAUCUCGGGGGACCUUUUCCCCGGGCAAAGCUUAUAGUGGGGACUCCAGCCCCACAAGACAAACAUUUUAUUCUCAUUCAGUGAUUUUGCGGAAUGGAAAAUCCAAAAAGUGCAGUACUGUCAUUGUACAGUCAGAACUAUUACAGAAACCAUAUCCAGAAGAUGAAGAUUUUCAAAAUGAAGAUGAAGAUGAUUUCCAAAAACCUGAAGUUAGCAACAGAAGUAAAAUUAAAACUGGAACGCACAAAAAGCAUGUUGGGAAAGAACUACAUAGAAUUGUGAGUUGCACAGCUUGUGGACAACAGCUGAAUCAUUUUCAGAAGGAUUCAAUAUAUCGACAUCCUGCAUUGAAUGUUCUUAUUUGUAAGAACUGUUAUAAAUAUUAUAUGAGUGAUGAUAUAAGUCGUGAUUCUGAAGGAAUGGAUGAACAGUGCAGAUGGUGUGCAGAAGGUGGAAACUUAAUUUGUUGUGACAAUUGCCAUAAUGCUUUUUGCAGAAAAUGCAUCUGGCGCAACCUAGGACGAAAGGAGAUAUCAAAAAUAAUGGAUGAAAACAACCAAUGGCAUUGCUAUAUUUGCCAACCUGAGCCCUUGUUAGAUUUGAUUGCCACAUGUGACAGUGUGUUUGAGAACUUAUCAUAUGAUGAAAAGAAAUGUGAGCAUCCACAUAAAUUUCACUCCAUAUAUACUGAAAAGAAAACCCAGUUAGAUGAUGAUUCUUCUAGUUCUAUAACAUUUUUUUUCCCAUCAUUAAUGCUUCCAAAAAAUUUGAUUCAAGAAACAAAAAAUCUGGUUGAGAACAUUACAAAUAUGAACUUGAAUUUUCUUAAAUUUUUGGAAAAAAUAGCCAAUAAUUCACAAAUCAGCUCAACUAUGAAGUUAGAUCAAUUGCAAGCUAUAAAAUCUGUGAUGAAUGAUAUCAGUAAGAGUCACAAGACAUUAGAUGAAUACUUAGAUAAGGAGAUAAGCAAGUUGGUUGUUAGAGAUAAAGAAGAAAAUAUUAAAAAAUGCACAAGUGAGAAAACAGAAAAAUACCCUGAAGUUGAAAAUGUAGAUAAAAAACAUGAAGUGGAAAAUAAAUUUAUUUUGAAGACAAAAAAGUUUUCAACCGACAAAACUAGUACAGAAAAAGUUUCUACAACAGCUGAAGAAUAUGAAUUUGCCAGUACAUCUAAAUCUGUUGAGAUGGACAUUGGGUCUAUUCCUUCUUCAGGAUCUGAAGAUAUUUUUGAGAUUCUGAAAUUAUCUUUUGAUAUCCAGAAUGUUAAAAGUGAUCAGGAUUCCAAAAAUUCUUCAAAAAUUGAUGAGUCUUUAAAAGAUAUCAAAAAAGAGGCCAAGUUAAAGGCAUUAGCCAAAGAAACAAAGAAAGUGCAUGCUGAACUUUCUCCAGCUUCCUUAUCAGAUUCCACAUUGAAAGAUGCUGUAAAUCAAAAGAAAACAGAGGAGCAAACUCAUGUUACAGGAAAUUUUGGAGUCCUUCAGGAAAAGGUUGUAAUCUCUGAUAAUAAUAAUACUACAUUACUUAGGGAAGACUCUGACCUCCAAAGAUCACCACACAUAAAAACAUCUUUAAGAAGACAAAUAGAAAAUAUUACAUCUAAUUCAGAAGAAGAAAGUAAUAAAAAAUGUAAAGCAAAAUCAUCAGGACAGUGGAAAGAAAAAGAUAAGAGUUCUUUGCCUCAAAUUGAAGAGCAAUUGGAAUCAGUUUCCAAAAAAUCUUAUUUAAUGACUCAUAGUUCAGAUUCAGAUGAAAAGUCAGUUAUAUUAAAGGAAUCUACUAAAGUAAAUCAGAGCUCUUCAGAGUCUGAUACUAAUUUAAUAUAUGAUAGUACUGAAAAGAAUGUUGUAGACAAGGCAAAGCAACACACAGUUAAACGUAAGAAGGCAAGAGAUUCCACUUCUGAUUCAGAUGCUAAUGAUAAAAAGAGAAAAGCUUCGAAGUUUUCCUCCGGAAAAACCAUCAAAGAACAGCAGGAUGAACAUUAUUUUUUUUCCUCUUCAUCUGACAGUGACAAGUCUGAAAUGACUAUUACAGAAAAUACUGAUAUAUUAAGUCCUGGAUAUUUUCAGGUGCCAGGAAAUGAAACUGAUACUUUGUGUGUACCUGUCCUAAUAGAUGAUGAUGAUAAACCUGAUAAUCGAAUUGUCAAGAAGACGCUCUUUGAAGAAAUCAAAGCCAGUUUUUCUUCAGAGGAAAGUGAAGAAUCAGAUGUUAAAAAGAAAGAUGAAACAAAUGCAAGAAGAGAGGGGAUUUAUAGGAAAAGCAGUUCAGAAUCUGAUUCAGACUCUGAGGAAACUAAAAAGCUUAAGUACACAUGCAGGCUGUUGAUCCAUAAAUUAAGUGAAGAAGAAUCUGCAGAAGAGACAAAGGAAAGCAAACAGAAAGGUAAGAGAAAAGUGAGCAGUGGAGAUUUUGUUGAUUCUGACUUCAAAGGAUUUCCUGAUACUGAAGAUAUUACUGAACCUAAAGGUGAUCAAAGGCCAAGGCCAAGAUCAGCAAAAAGCAUAAAGUCAACAGUUAAUCAGCGGAGUUACAAACAAAAGAAGAAAAGGAGACACAUUAAAGUACGUGAGGAUUCAUCAAGUGAAAAUAAGAGCAAUUCUGAAAGUGAUGAAUCACAGUCACCAGGUAAAGGUAGAAAGAAAAUAAGAAAUAUCCUUAAAGAUUAUAAAUUACGAAGAGAAACACAGAGAGCCCUUAAAGAAGAGGAAUGGAGGAGAAAGCGCCUUGCUGAAAGAGAACAAGAAAGAGAAAAAUUAAGAGAGGUGCUAGAUGUUUCUGAUUCACCUAAUAUGUAUCCAAUUACAACCAAACUUGUUUUAGAUGAAGAUGAAGAAACCAAAGAACCUUUGGUUCAGCUCCAUAGAAAUCUGGUUACCAAAUUAAAACCUCAUCAAGUAGAUGGUGUUCAGUUCAUGUGGGAUUGCUGUUGUGAAUCUGUAAUAAAAACAAAGACAUCAGCAGGCUCAGGAUGCAUUCUUGCCCACUGCAUGGGUCUUGGAAAGACACUACAGGUGGUGACUUUUCUUCAUACAGUUCUAUUAUGUGACAAAUUGAAGUUUGCUACAGCUUUAGUAGUUUGCCCCCUUAAUACUGUCUACAACUGGAUAAAUGAAUUUGAGAAAUGGCAGGAGGGAUUAGAAGAAGAUGAAAAACUCAAGGUUUCAGGAUUAGCGACCAUGAAACGCCCUCAAGACAGAAGCCAUGUUCUGCAAAAAUGGCAAGAUAAUGGUGGAGUAAUGAUUAUUGGCUAUGAGAUGUACAGAAAUCUUGUACAAGGAAGGAAUGUAAAGAGUAAAAAAUUAAAAGAAAUAUUUAAUAAAACUCUUGUUGAUCCAGGCCCAGACUUUGUUGUAUGUGAUGAAGGCCAUAUACUAAAAAAUGAAGCUUCAGUUAUAUCCAAAGCUAUGAAUUCUAUUCGUUCAAAAAGAAGAAUUAUUUUAACAGGAACACCUCUACAAAAUAAUCUAAUUGAAUAUCACUGUAUGGUUAACUUUAUCAAAGAGAAUCUGCUUGGCUCUAUCAAGGAAUUUAGGAAUCGAUUCAUAAAUCCAAUUCAAAAUGGCCAGUGUGCAGAUUCCACUAUGGAAGAUGUUCGAAUAAUGAAAAAGCGUGCUCACAUUCUCUAUGAACUGUUAGCUGGAUGUGUUCAGAGGAAAGAUUAUACAGCAUUAACAAAGUUUUUGCAACCAAAAUACGAGUAUGUAAUAUCAGUAAGAAUGACUUCUAUUCAGUGCAAACUUUAUCAGUACUAUUUGGAUCAUCUAACAGGCAUUGGGGGUACUAAUGAAGGAGGAAAAGGGAAAGCCGGAACAAAACUCUUCCAGGACUUUCAGAUAUUAAGCAGAAUUUGGACUCAUCCAUGGUGCUUACAGUUGGACUAUAUUAGCAAAGAAAACAAGGGAUAUUUUGAUGAAGAAAGCAUGGAUGAAGCCUCAGAUUUUGAUGAAAUCUCAAUAAGUUCAGAUGAAUAUCCUAAGAAAAAAAAGUCCAAGGGGGAAAAAAAUACUGACUCAAGUGAAAGUGAUAAUGCAGAAGUAAUUAAAGUAUGGAAUUCAAGAUCUAGGGGUGGUGGUCAAGGAAAUAAAGAUGAGGGGGCCAGCAAUUCAUCUAUAACCCUAAAACAAGAAGAAAGUAAAACAACAUAUUUUUCAAAUCCAGGCAGCCCUUCUGUAGUGUGGUACAAAGAUUUUAUCACAGAUUCUGAUGCUCAAGUGUUGGAACAUUCUGGGAAAAUGGUACUUCUUUUUGAAAUUCUAAAAAUGGCAGAGGAACUUGGGGAUAAAGUGCUAGUCUUUAGCCAAUCUCUCAUAUCUUUGGACUUGAUUGAAGAUUUUCUUGAAUUAGGGAAUGUGGAAAUGUCAGACGAUAAAGACAGACCACCCAUUUAUAAAGGUGAAGGAAAAUGGUUUAGAAACAUUGAUUAUUAUCGUUUGGAUGGUUCUGCAACUGCACAGUCCAGAAAGAAAUGGGCUGGAGAAUUUAAUGACGAAACUAAUGUGAGGGGGCGACUAUUUAUCAUCUCUACUAAAGCAGGAUCUCUUGGAAUUAAUCUGGUAGCUGCUAAUAGAGUAAUCAUCUUUGAUGCCUCUUGGAAUCCAUCUUAUGAUAUUCAGAGUAUAUUCAGGGUUUAUCGCUUUGGUCAAAAUAAACCUGUCUAUGUAUACAGGUUCUUAGCUCAGGGAACAAUGGAAGACAAAAUUUAUGAACGUCAAGUAACCAAGCAAUCACUAUCUUUCCGGGUCAUCGAUCAACAGCAAAUUGAACGCCAUUUUACCAUGAGUGAACUGACUGAUCUUUAUACAUUUGAGCCAGACUUACUGGAUGAUCCUAUUUUAGAAAAGAAGAAAAAGAGGGACACUCCUGUGCUGCCAAAGGACACAAUUCUUGCAGAAUUGCUUCAAAUGCAUAAGAAAUUCAUCGUAGGAUAUCAUGAACAUGACUCUCUUUUGGACCAUAAAGAAGAAGAAGAAUUGACUGAAGGAGAGAGAAAAGCAGCUUGGGCGGAAUAUGAAGCAGAAAAAAAGGGACUUUCUAUGCAUUUCACUUUGCCCUCUGUCAGUUUUAGCUCUGAGCCUCCAUUUAUUCCUUUUGAUAUGGAAGCCAUCUCAUCACUGAGUGAUCCACAGUUGGAAGAUCUUAUUAACCAGAGCAAAGAAAAAGUAGCAGAAGCAACCAAUAAUAUGAAAUCAAUGAAGAUUCUUCCUCUUGAAGAUAUCAUUUCAGCUGUUCGGAAAGAAAAUGUACAUUUCACAGAAGCUCAAAUUUAUUCCUUGGCUUUAAGUAAGCAAGCUGAUCAGGAACGCGAUGCUAAGCACAGAGAAGCCAUCUACAAUGAUGUAUCAAUAAGACAGCAGAUGUUAAUAAGCUGUGUCCAACAGAUACGAAUGAAUAAAAAGCUUCUACAACAAUAUAGUGAAGAAUUAUUAAAUCAAGAAGACUUUUCAAGUCACUAUCCUGUGAUGCCAGCACCUCCAAAUCUAGUGAUAAAUCCAUCCAGUUACCAACAUAUUGAUGUAAAAGGAAUGUAUCAGCCAAGUUCUAGUGUACUAGAAGCACUACAAAUAAGAAGCAAGAAUACAAGAUCUUCCCAAAGGAAAUCAUUGUGA